GGAAGGCGCAUAUUCUUCCAAAAGGUGCAUAUUCUCUUCCAUCAAGAUAUGGCAAAAUUUUGGAUGUUCUUCAAAAGAAAUUUGCAUUCGGCUGUUCCACCAACUGUCAGGUUGAAAUGGCAGUGAUCCAAUCUCUCAAAUUUUCUCUCCCGCAACCAUAUCUUCCCACAUGGCUUCUCUCCCUUUGAUCCCAUUGCUCUGUAUAAUAUCGAUUCAGCCAAAUCCCUCCCAUUCCUUCACGUGUGUUUUUGCAAUUUCACCACACCCACAUCCAUCUUCUCAUUCGAUUACAUAAACCCAUUUGCGGAUUCCGAUUUCUUAUCACCCCAAGAUCGAAUCCAUGGGAGUUUCCGCGUUUCGUCUUGGGUUCUCUGUUCUUCUAGUGUUCUCUGUUUUGCUAUGUGAUUUGGGCGUUUGUAAUGGCGGAAUCACGAGCGGUUUUGUUCGGAAUGACGACGCCGCGUUGGAUAUGCCGCUUGAUAGCGACGUCUUUAGGUCUCCUCCGGGUAAAAAUGCCCCUCAACAGGUUCAUAUAACACAGGGGGAUUUUGAGGGGAAGAGUGUGAUAAUCUCUUGGGUUACACCGGAUAAACCAGGUUCAAACAGAGUGGUUUAUUGGGCUGAAAACAGUGAGAUUAGGAACCAUGCUGCAGGUUAUGUUGUUUCCUACAAAUAUUUCAACUAUACGUCUGGUUACAUUCACCACUGCACCAUUAACAACUUAGAGUAUGAUACUAAAUACUUCUACGUGAUUGGGUUUGGGAGUCUUUCACGAAGAUUUUGGUUUACAACCCCUCCUAAAAUUGGCCCCGAUGUGCCUUAUACUUUUGGUCUUAUAGGGGAUCUUGGUCAAACACAUGAUUCUAAUAGGACACUUACACACUAUGAAUUAAACCCGACAAAAGGACAGACUGUGUUGUUCCUUGGGGACUUGUCUUAUGCAGACCGCUAUCCGUUCCAUGAUAACACCAGAUGGGACACAUGGGGGAGGUUUGUGGAAAGAAGUACAGCUUAUCAACCUUGGAUUUGGACUGCAGGGAAUCAUGAACUCGAUUAUGUUCCUGAAAUUGGUGAAAGUGAACCAUUUAAGCCUUAUUUCCAUCGUUACCGUGUCUCAUACAAUGCAUCAGAUGGCUCCUCCCACCUUUGGUACUCCAUUAAGAGAGCUUCAGCUUAUAUAAUCGUCUUGUCCUCUUACUCAUCAUAUGUGAAAAGCAGCCCUCAAUAUAAAUGGCUACACGAUGAGCUGCCAAAGGUAAACAGGGACGAAACUCCAUGGCUCAUAGUUCUUAUGCAUACUCCAAUGUACAGCAGUUAUAUUCACCAUUACAUGGAAGGAGAAAGCAUGAGAGUGGUCUUCGAGCCGUGGUUCGUCAAAUAUAAAGUUGAUGUUGUCUUUGCCGGUCAUGUUCAUGCCUACGAACGAUCUGAACGAAUAUCAAACAUAGCAUACAAUGUUGUAAAUGGGUUAUGUUCUCCAGUUCAUGAUCAAGAUGCUCCUGUUUAUAUAACCAUCGGAGAUGGUGGAAAUUCUGAAGGAUUAGUAACCGAGAUGACUGAACCACAGCCAAAGUACUCGGCCUACCGUGAAGCCAGCUUUGGACAUGGCAUACUGGACAUAAAGAACAGAACUCAUGCCUACUUUGCUUGGCAUAGAAACCAAGAUGAAUAUGCUGUGGAAGCUGAUUCCUUAUGGCUGCAUAAUCGACAAUUUAGAUCAACUAUAUUGCCUGAAUCUUCUGUACUGAGUAGUCACCUUUCAUCAGCAAUCUGAAACAUCUUGUGCUUUUUCAUGGCUUAUAGUUUGCUAUCCUCACCAGAUAAAAUGGUGGAUGCUGUGUUAGACUUGAGCUUUUUAUGGCUCAAGCUGGCCGCAUGAGCUUUGUUUAAUUAAUUAAUUAAGUUCCUGGA